CCUCCCCGCGGGCGCUCCCCAGCUGACGGUACUCGCCCAGGGCCCCUCUGCCCGUUCCCCGCCAUGGUGGCCUGGCGCUCCGCGUCCCUCGUCUGUCUGGCUUUCUCCUUGGCCGCCCUGGUCCAGAGAGGACUCGGGGACUUCAAUGAUGAUUUCAAUUUGGAAGAUGCGCUGAGAGAAACCUCGUCUGUAAAACAAGAUUCAGAUGUAGAUUUCUUUGAUCCACAGACAACACCAAGGACCUAUCCAAAAAAGACAGAGAGAUGGAACCGUUUCACCACCACCACAACAAAGAGGCCAGGAACGACCAGAGCUCCAGCAAAUCCUGCAGAUAAUGAUUUUAACUUGGCUGAUGCCUUGGAUGAUCGGAAUGAUCAAGAUGGUGGCCACAGGAAACCCAGUGCAGGAGGAGGAGGGUUUUCAGACAAGGAUCUUGCAGACAUUGUAGGGGGUGGCGAAUACAAACCUGACAGGAAUAAAGGUGACGACGGGUAUGGCGGCGGUGACAACUCCGGAUCUGGAAUGUCGACAGAGACUGUCACCAUCGCCAGCGUGGCCAGCGCCCUCACCAUGGCCCUGAUCGGCGCCAUCUCCAGCUACAUCUCCUACCAGCAGAAGAAGUUCUGCUUCAGGAUUCAGCAUGCAGCAGAGGGUCAAGAGGGCCUCAACGCUGACUACGUGAAGGGGGAGAACCUGGAAGCUGUCGUGUGAGGAGCGGCAAGUGAAGCAUCCAGCCACCACGGAUUGCAGCCCCAGCGAAGGCGCCCGGCCGCUGACGCUUGUGACCAGCUCCCUAUUUCAUUUGGACCCACGGCUGCUGUGCUGCUCUGCUGAUGUCCUUGGCUUCUCAUUGCUCUACAUUUUCCAGAGGGGCUCCUGGUGUUUGUGAGUUUGGUGUUGAUGCCCACCCAGCCCCAGAUGCUCCGGGCAGACUUGGUGCUGGGGGUGGAUGGUGAGGAAGGAGGCACCAAUGAUGAAGGGACGGAGCUUAGUGUGACCUGUGUACCCCACAAUUGGCAAAUCGUGGCCCCAAGGUGCCCCCACCCCUGCCAGGAGGGACCCAGUCGGCACCCAGCACCACCGCACCCCAGCACCCCGGACUGCUUUCUUUAAGUUACAAGCUCUACAUUGCUGGGCUUCCAGAGAGCUGGUCCAAGUGGAAGCUUUUCCAUUCUUUCAGUGCAAACAUGGCAUCUCACAACUGCCUGGAGAGUUUAGGAAUCUUCCGGAUAAGUAGGAGACUGUGACUUUCAGGCCUGAUUCCCAGUUGUGGGCUUGGGGCUGACAUUACAGUUUCCAGGAAUCAUUUAUUCAUUGUAACUUAGUUUUAUGUUGGGCACAGGGGUAGGGGGUACUCACCCUCCCCCCAUAUAUGUUCUCAUCUGAGAAACAAAAGCUACAGAAGCAAGCUUCUUUGUGCAAAAAUGCGUUGGGGGCGAGGCGUGGGAGGUAAAGGUCUUUCCUUGGUUUAGUGAAACACCCAUGACUGGGAAACCUCAGAACCCAGGGGCUGGCUCCUCGCCUGGCCCCAAGCUGUCUGGAUUGGGCUGGGGCAUUCCUGGAAUGUUCUCUUUGGCCCACAGGCUUCCCUCAUGUCUGCUAAGCUGGGAUGAGGUGACUCCGACUUCCUAAGGAAGCCAAUUAAAUGAGAACAGACCCCACCAUUUAUAUAAUGCAUGCCUCACACGUUCGUUUUAGCAGUUGUUUUAUGAAUGUCUUGUAGAACGGUAGGUAAUUAUAGUGCUGCUCGGCCCAUGGAUCCCAGACAUACUAGAAUUCUGUGUCUGGGAGUGGGGCCCGAGCGCUGAGCGGACACCUCUGGGAGUCACCGGGAAGGAAGGCGAACAUGGCCUUGGCGAGGGAGGCACUGCUUCCAAGAGCUGCCUGUUUCCAGGGACUCCCACCCUCACUGGCCACACGGUAUAUGACGUGUCCACUUUCUCCUUACAAUGAGGCUUGUCUGAUAGUAAAGACCUCGACAUCCUGCAGCUGUGAUGUAAAAUAAAAAGUCUCCGCAAAGCCUUGUCUCGGUAGCACUGCCUUCUGGGGAAAGGGCCCCCUUUCGCUGUUCCAUAGCCACUGUGGUGCCUUCUGCACGAAGCCCACAGCCUGGCACCUAGACACACAUAGACGGUAGCACCCAGUGACUGGACACGCCUCCUGCAGUGCACUCGUCCCGACACAUACUGGGGUGCUGGGGCCUGUGGACACACAGGGGGCUCUGGCUGUGGCUGUGUGUCCAUCUGAAAGUUGCACUGGCCAGCGGGGACCUGCCAAAGGUGAUUGGGGAGAUGAAGUGUUUGCAGUAAGAAGUCUGAGCACAUGCAGCGACGGCCUCGUGGCCGUGUGGGGGGCCUGGAGCGGAGGCCACGCGGGUUGGCAUUUGCACCUGCUCGAGGAAGAACUGGAGCCUGAUCUCAGAACCCCUUGUGUAGCAUCUUCUGUGCUUGUGUUUCAGUGUGACUUGUACACUAAUCUGUUUGCAUUAAAUAAAUCAGACCCUAACAGA